ACUGGCAACGACGACGGCGGCGGCGACGGCGGUGAUUACGAGGGUGGCGCAUGGUGCCGGAAGUGUUGAACAAAUGAGGAACAAGUGCGCGUGCAAGUGCCUGAGAAAACGGACCAGGCGGCGGAGACGCGUUUCCGACUGAAACGUCCGGUGCAGUCGGAGAAGGUGAGAAUCUGUGCGUGUUGAUGUGCGCGCGUGAUAUCAAAACACGUGGUGACGAGACGGAUCAUCGGCUCUCCGAUAUUAAUCCGAGUCGUUUAUCAUCGAUAUCGCAGAGACCGUGUUUGUUCCGACGAUCCCCCUCGUCGGUGCCGAAUUUUGAGGAGAUUCUGCGGUCGCAACUACCAUUUUCAUACUUCGGAUGUCUUAAGCGGAAAAAGAUGAAUUAUGACCCUUCCGAGCAGCCCGUGUGAGAUAGAAAACAUGAGCUUGUUUCAAGAUCUCAAGUUGAAAAGGAGAAAGGUCGACUCCCGAUGUAGUAGCGACGACUCCCCGGUAUCCCUCGGAUCAGCAGGCUCGCCGCAGGGGAACCCGACGACGGACGCACCUUCACCCAUAAACUUUCCUGCUCCAGGGGAGAGCAUGGCCGACACCUCAACUCUGUCGCCGGAAACGAACAUGCCGAGCUCGCCGGGCUGCCAGAUCAGAGUGACGAGCGAGUAUAACCUGCUGGGCAGCCCGAGUCCAGGACCACCGCGAGGAGACUCCCUUCGUGGUAUCGGCAGCGGUGAUGGCGGAGGUGGAAGAGGAAACGGUCAAGAGGGUCGUGAUGCGGGAUGUUCGGAUCGUGCGUCACCUGACUCGGUCUUCCCGGAUGCCGGUCCGAUGAUGAGCUUCAGGGUCUCCGAUGAGCAGCAACAGCAACAUCAUCAGCAAUCUCAACAGCAGCAUCAGCAACAACAACAACGCUCCAUUACUCCCGUACAGAUCAAAACGUCGCCAUACUCGCCAAUUCCAGCGGUCUCGUCGACUCCGAUUGCCCAAGAUGCCUCCUCGAGGAGUGACAGCCCAGACUUAAAGGGCGAGCUAUCGUCCGUCCAGACCAAGGAAGAAUCCGACAAUUCGGUCUUCGACGGAGGUGGGGGCUGUAGUAGUGGCGGGGGGGGGGGGGGGGAAGCCUCCAACCAACCUAGUCACCGAAAUAGCCCGUCAUCUCAAUUCAACUUAAACCUGAACAUUAGUCCCGGCGCAGUUGGUUCAGCCAGACCACACGGAUCCCUGCAACAGCAACACUCACCACCGGCGCCACCAAGAUCACGCGCACCCCCGGUACCACCGCAUCUGUUGGUGGCUCAUCAUCAAUUUUGGUCUCAGAACACUACUAGUGUACAGGGAUUCGCUACGCAGAGGCUACUCAACGGUGUUAUCAGCAGCGCCGUCAGUUACGGUGGGCAGAAUGCAACAACUGUCUCCACCAGUUCCAGCGGUACCAAUGUCAGCUGUGUCACUACCGGCGCUACCACCACAGCAACCUUAUGCGAAGGUAUGAAACCACCGGCGCAGAGAGCAGCGCCAGCACCACCACGGCCCCCGCCCACGGUAUUAAUGGGCGAGAUUGGCGGUGUCCGUACGAUGAUAUGGUCAGCGCCGCCGCCGGCCGCGCAACAGAUGCAGGCGCUGAAUCUCACGGCGUCCGGUUCCGUCGCACAACCGUGGGUUAGCAAUGGCGGUACUGUUGUCAAAUCUGAGGCGGCCUCACAAUCCAUAUCGGUGGCACCGCCUGCGCCUCCUUUACCGCCUCAGGAGAACGAGGAAGACGAAACGCCUAUGAUAUGCAUGAUUUGUGAGGACAAGGCGACCGGCUUGCACUACGGUAUCAUCACGUGCGAAGGAUGUAAAGGCUUCUUCAAAAGGACCGUGCAAAAUAGACGGGUGUAUACGUGCGUGGCAGAGGGAGGCUGCGAAAUUACGAAGGCGCAGAGAAACAGGUGUCAGUACUGCCGGUUCAAGAAAUGCAUCGAACAGGGUAUGGUCUUGCAGGCGGUUCGAGAAGACCGGAUGCCUGGAGGAAGAAAUUCGGGUGCAGUGUACAAUCUUUACAAGGUGAAGUACAAGAAACACAAGAAGAGCAACAAGACUGGCGGCGUCGGCGGUAUGAGUGCCAGUAACGUCGGUGGUGUAAACGGCUCGGGUACUCUCGGGGGUGUCAAGAGUACAAUGGGCACGACGAUGCUAGACAAGCAUAUGGCCGCGGCUGCUGCCCAUCACAGCCAGCAACAACAACAGCACGCCCAACUAGCUGGUAGUUUCCUUCAUCAUCACAAAAUCUCAUCAGGCGAUCCACUCAACUCACCACCCACUCCUAGCCACCCGAGCCAUCCUGCGCAUUCGGGCCAUCUCGUCAACGGGACUAUCCUGAAGACGGCGCUUACCAAUCCCUCUGAAGUGGUGCACUUACGACAAAGGUUAGACAAUGCAGUUAGCAGUUCGAGGGAUCGAGUAUUUCCUCUGGACGCUACCUUAACCAUGAUUCAAACCCUUAUAGACUGCGACGAGUUCCAAGAUAUCGCUACAUUGAGGAACUUGGACGAGCUGCUGGACCAUAAUUCAGAUUUAAGUGACAAGCUGUGUCAAAUAGGAGACAGCAUAGUGUACAAGUUGGUGCAGUGGACCAAAAGGUUACCGUUUUACCUUGAGCUGCCGGUCGAAGUUCACACGAGAUUGCUCACCCACAAAUGGCAUGAACUUCUUGUGCUGACCACAUCUGCCUACCAAGCAAUGCACGGUCAUCAUAGGUUGACAAAUGUCGCUACUGACGGGACGGGUGCAGACUUUAUGCAAGAAGUAACGAACAACAUGUAUACGUUGCAAAGGUGCCUAACCAGCAUGAUGGGUCGGCCGAUAACCAUGGACCAAUUGCGGCAAGAUGUAGGGCUCAUGGUGGAAAAAAUCACAUAUGUCACGUUAAUGUUUAGGCGAGUGAGGCUACGGAUGGAGGAGUAUGUCUGUCUAAAAGUAAUCACUAUGCUCUCACAAGACACGAAAUCACGAGGAAGUACAUUGGAAUUAGAACAGAUACAAGAACGGUACAUGAGCUGUCUGCGAAGUUUUGUCGAGCACAGCGCUCCUCAGCAGCCGGGUCGAUUUCAUGAUCUUCUUGUCAGGUUACCCGAAGUACAAUCGGCGGCGACUUUACUACUCGAGAGUAAAAUGUUCUACGUUCCUUUCCUAUUAAACUCAGCAAUUCAAAGAUAGUAAAUAAAUAAAAUGACGAUGAACGAAGCUGAAUACCUAUAUACAUGCUAUACAUACGUUAUAAAUAUAUAUACAGAAAAAGUAAAAGAAGCGAACAAACGGGCAAACAACAAACGAACAGAAAAAAAGAAAAGAGUUCAAUGAAAGACAAAGAGAGACGACUCAAGUCGAACAGGGAAAGGCUUUGUUGCGUAUGUAUAAAAAAUAAAUAAAAGCAUAUAUAUAUAUAUAUAAAUAAUAUAAUGUGUGUGUUCGUUGCGUUGUACAAAUGAAAGAAGGCGGAGAAGAGGAAUCGUUCAAGCGAAAAAGAAAUGAAAGGAACACAAGUGUACAAUAGAAAGUAAUCACAUCAGGACAGCGAAAGAAGGAUAGAAAAAAGAGAAAGAGGAACGAUUUUAAAUAAAAUA